AUGGCCAGAGCAUAUAGUGAAGGCCAAAACGCUACGAGGUUCAGAUCCUGGAAACAAGAAGAUGAAACCGGAGGCUCCGGAAGCCCCACAAAGCAUUUCAUCUCAGCAGAGGCAAGAGAGGACUAUAGAUCCAUCUACAUUGAUACUGAGCACCCCCAACACACAUACAGCGAAAGAAGGCCUUCGACGGCGCUCGGACCCACAUCUCCCCACUUUGGAAGAAAGCUAUACCAAUUAUUUCAGCCAAGUGCCAGAAUCCGGGUGCACAGUGGAACGCCGCAGCAUGAAUAUCGCAUCAGUAAGCCCAAGAUUGAGGCGGAAAGAAAGAACGAGAAAAAAAGUAACUACUUCUUGCAAAGAAUCGCCAUGCAGCAGGAUUGCGUGGAGGAGGAGGACAAGGAGGAAGAGGAGGUGUAUGGGAAUGUGGACAAGGACCUCAUUCGAAACUUCAUAGCCCACCAGAUGGACCUAGGAGAUACCUUCAAGCGAGCAUGA